AUGGCCGUCAACAUCGUUGUGUCGAAGACCAUUGCGGCAGUUUUUCUCAGCAUAGCAUUUUACAACUUCCUCGAACUUAAUGUCUACAUAUUCACCUUGUUCAAGAGACGGAGCGGGCUCUACUUCUGGAGCUUCACCAUUUCAACAUGGGGUAUCGUCUUCAACGCCACUGGAUACACGCUCAUGCACCUGGCGAAAAUUCCGCAAAAGAACAUCUACGCCACGCUCAUCCUGAUAGGGUGGUGCUCGAUGAUCACCGGGCAAUCGGUCGUGCUUUACUCGCGAUUACACAUCGUGAUGCACAAUAGGAAACGGUUGAAGGCCGUUCUGAUCAUGAUCAUUACCAACGCCAUAUGGCUCCACAUACCUAUCAUCAUUUUGGUCUACGGAAACAACUCAGGCAACCCCGAGCCUUUCGUACGACCCUAUCAAAUCUACGAAAAGAUCCAGCUCAGCGUCUUCAUCGCCCAGGAACUCAUCAUCUCCGGCCUAUACGUCUACGAGACCAUAAAACUCCUUCGAAUGGAACGAACAAUCGGAAACUUUGGCACAAAAAGCCUACUCCACCACCUCCUCUUCGUCAACUUCCUUGUCAUCCUCCUCGACUUCAGUAUCCUGGGCCUCGAAUUCGCCGACAUGUUUGAGAUUCAGACCUCGUGGAAGCCGCUCGUAUACAGCAUCAAGCUCAAGCUCGAAUUCAGCAUUCUCAACCGACUCGUCCAGUUGACUAGGAACGCUAGAAGUGAGUGUGCCAACUCGUACAGCAAUGGUGGCAAUCAAUCCCGAGGUAUGGCGCUAGGAACAAUGAAAGGAACGAUGAGGGGAACGGGGCAUCAACGCUCCGUUCUAGCCACAGCCACAGAUCACCAAGAGCAAUGGGAGGUACAUGUCAGCAGUGGAAAAGCAAACAAUGAAGCGUUUCCAUCGAGCGUCAUCAAAACAACAGAAUUUACGGUCCAGAGUCAUGCUCGCGAAGACAGUGGGGAUAAGAUUAGUUUGGCGGAGAGCAAAGAAGAGAUUCUGGCUCAUUCGGCACCUCCUGAGACCCAUGGGACUAGUGCGUCCUCUGUGUCGUCAGAACACCAGUAUGGGCGACAUGACAACCAGCCCUGGCAAUAA